AUGGACGACCAUAAAGAAGGGCAACCCGUGCCAGGUCAAGAAGGUGGGGACACGGGAAAAUCUCAACCAAGUCGUUCGAUCUCUAUGAGUAGCGAUAGCACAUUGUCGUCCGUGAGCUAUCACAGCUCUCUAUCGUGCGCAUUUCCUUUGCGUACGGUGGAGCAGCGAGAAAUAGCGGUGAACGCAACGGUGGGAAACACCGGAGUAGAGAGCACCGAACAAACUGGAAAUGACGCUCUGAAACAUUUAGUACUGAACGAGAGUGGAUUACCUACAACACCUUCUCCCAACCAAAGUCUUUUACCCACUGUUGGUGGGAGAUUUAGACGACCAUCCCUCUCAGAAAACAAGAUUUUGCAGCAGUCCGUACACAGAGACAAUCAAAGCCAUUCCGCCUCUCCUAUCAUCGGCAACAUUACCAGAGGUCGCAAUACCCGUGUAGUAAAAUUUAAAAACUCGAGAGAAACAUCCAGAACUUUUCCAGCACCACCCGUACACCAGAAAACAAUGACGAAGGAGGCAGAUUCUCGUGAUGCAUUGAGUGCGCCUGAAACCAUACGGUACCGUGAGAACCUCCGGAGGUACGAAGAAGACCAGCGGAGGGAAGAAAUCAUAAAUCCAGGACCUCCUAUGGGGGCUGGAGACCACCAUUCGCUGCCACAAAUACCCCCGCUACAAUUGAGAGCGAGGCAGCUGGACGACAGACUACCCCUCAGCAAUCUGCGCAGGCAGGGCGGAGGUCAGCGUGAAGCAGAGGCCCCGGAGUAUAGACCAAUGGUCGACGGCGGCCGAAGGUCGCCAAACCCCUUCGGUUCCACGGCUGAGGAGUUUCAAAACGCCCUCAUAAUGAGGACUCAGGGACUACAUAGUUACCCUCAUGAUCACAAUCUUCGUGCCAGCUCUCGCUAUCCCCAGGUGGGUAUUGGCAACUCCAACGCCGCUUCUGGUCAAAGAGAUUUUACCACGCCUAAUCUCAUAGGUGACAACCAGUUGAAUGGUACAAGAAGAUCUUGUGGACCUCAAGUUAGUAUUGAGGAACCUCAGCCCUCACAACGGCAGUUAGAUGAAUUGCGGAGAGGUAUGGAUCCAGCACUCGGAAUGAAUUUUACAGACUUGGGGGUUGAGGAACGCAGACUCUUUGGCAUCCGUUCUGAACAUGGUUAUCUCAAUAACCAUAGAUCCGCUGGCGAAGAUAACGCUUCAAACCGAGCACAUGGAGGACUAGCUCGAGAUUCCCCCCCUCUCAGCAACCCCGCCCGCCAACAGGCUAGCCCAAAUCCACUUCAGUCAGCCGCGCACAUUGGCCAUUUACAGUACCUAAUCGAUCUCCGCCCAUGUCCUCAAAAUGCUGCCUCCGAGUCUAUCAUAUCUCGGAUUUGGAAUACAUUUCUGAUGGAUUGUCGAAUGCAACACUUGCUUUUGGACGAUCGUGAACUUCUCUUUCGGAUACCCCUGCCAGACUAUGUUGGUGGUCCGGUUCCAGAAAAUAGUAGAAUUCCCAUCGCCAUAAUAAGCAUUUGGAACAAUGCUGUUAGAAACAUACUUGAUCAACAACCCAUCCGCCUAGUUAGGCAUCCACUAUACACCCAAAUUGCUCUGAUGUUCGACAAUCCACCGUUUAUGUUCAGGAGCCGCCGCUCUGAUCCUGGGGAGCUUUCUACAAAUGGCUCAGACAGGCGUGCCGGUUUUCAAAAUCGCCCUCCUCCACGUUCAGUCAUGAACCACCCGUUACAGCACCCAGACUCUGGGAUGGGGACAAAUGGAAGCAUGUGGCGUAGACAGCUUCGAGAAGUCACAAACAACAUGUUUCCAGAGAAUCCGAAUAGAUAUCACCAUUGGACUGGGUUCGAGAAUACCGAUAUGGGUAGUGAUAGUCUCCAUCCAAACAUCUUCCACCCAUAUGACAAUGAAAACAUAUCCAAUAUGGCCAACCAAAAUGAUGUCAGGAACCUCCCGAACCUACUUCACCAAUACCAUCAACCACCUGGUGGUGCAGUCGAUCUUUCUGAACACAGACAGUUGAGACUUGGUACUCCUAUCACUCCACCAGGUGCGCCUCGAGCAGCGGUGCACCGCAGACUUCGUAGUACACACGCAGAGCGGGCUCAUCCAUAUCGCCGGCCCGUUAGAACUCCGGUCGCAGUUUCUACAGCUCACCAGCGUUUGAGUAGAGCUCUCCAUACCCCAGUGGAACAAGCUCCAAUGCAGAUUCCCUCCUUCCAGCCAAACCGCGAAGAUAGCAACGUUCUACCCUGCGCUGCGCCUCUUGCCGCUCCUUCCGUCUCCGAUGCAAGGGAUCAAGAGAUUACCCCUCCAAGGCAGCCUGGGCCAUACGUCCACCGCUGGCUCUCCAAUGUUCUCUACCAUUACCCAACCGCGGACCUGGAGAAUAAUGCAGGAAACCCUGUCGGAAUGCCGCGUCAGGAAAGUCAGGAGCCAGUUGGCGAUAGAGCUCGUAGAGCUCAGCAAUCCAAUUUGCGCCCUGCCAACGGCAACCGGUCACCUGCAAGCCGCAAUGCCAAUGACAACAGCCACAAGAGCCCCGACGCCUAG